GGACUUGGUAAUGGUUUCAUUGCUUGAAGAUCAACCUAAUAUUAAGUUCUCUUCUUCGGACACUCUGGAGAGUGACCAACAAGACAACCUCAUGCAGACACAAGGGGACCCAAGCUCCCCCACUCAGCAAACUGAUAAUCCCAGUUUCAGUUGCCAGUCGUAUAAUCCAGACAGCAGGACAGAAAGAAAGAGUUCAGAAUCUUCUCACAGCCCAAGCCCCUCUUCUCCAACCCAGGAUCAAAUCCAUGGGAGAUUUCCUGCAAACCAAGGAAUUCACUCUGGCAAGUGCAAAUUUAAAGUCUCUCCCAAUGCUGAGAAAUUCAGAAGGUAUAGCUAUGAGGAAAGCACUGCAGGAAACUAUGGCAGAUUCCUCAAGAGCAACAGGAACCCCUUCCAUCCUUAUAAGAGGGAGUUCAGUGAAGAUGUCUUCCAAGAAACUCAUCCAGCCCUCACACUGGAUAGUAAUUCCUUCAAAAAUGCAAGAAGCGUUGAGGGUUUUGAAGAGCUACCAGGAUCUACAGGCACUGGAGAGUCAGAGUCCUUUCCCACACAUAUUCAGAACAUUUCCACAGAACCAACAUGGUGCAACAAUCUCCAAUACAACCUCACAGGCCAAGAUCACAGUUCCCAAGUCAUGCGAGAUUCAGAGGUCAAGCUUAAGACACCUCCACUGGAAGGGCAGCCCAGUCUGUACUGUUACCAGCCUCCAGUGCAGCAAAUGUACUGCCCCUCACACCCAUUUCACCAGUAUUCCUCAGGAGGCAGUUAUCCUGUAACCUAUAUUACCUCAUCACACUAUCCUUACCAGAGAAUCGCUCCUCAAGGGAGUCAAGAAUCCCAGCAGCCUCUGUUUCCUAAACCCAUCUACUCUUACAGCAUCCUGAUCUUCAUGGCGCUCAAAAACAGUAAAACAGGGAGUCUCCCGGUCAGUGAGAUUUACAAUUUCAUGACAGAACACUUUCCUUACUUCAAGACAGCUCCAGACGGUUGGAAGAACUCUGUACGCCAUAACUUAUCCUUGAACAAAUGCUUUGAGAAAGUUGAAAACAAGUCAGGUGGCUCUUCUCGGAAAGGCUGUUUGUGGGCACUGAAUCCAGCCAAAAUUGAUAAGAUGCAGGAAGAGCUUCAGAAAUGGAAAAGGAAAGAUCCAGUUGCUGUGAGGAAGAGUAUGGCAAAGCCAGAAGAACUUGACACAUUGAUAGGAGAUAAGGCUGAAAAAUUAAGAUCUUCAACGGUAUCCUGCAAUCCAACUGGUGUGGCAAGUUCAACAGUUUCCAGACAGAUGUCAGUCCAGCCCCAUUCUAUGUCUGAGCCAUCCCUGUCAUCUAAUAUCCCACAGCCUUUACACACUAUUCACACAACAGGACCUCUACGUGCCAAGAACCCACUACCAAGUUUGCUUGGGGGGCACCAAACUCCAUGUUAUCCAUCGCCACAGGUUUUCCCUCAGAUCUCACCUACCUUAAUGCAACAAUCACCUGGUAUCCCUCAGAGCAUCUUCCCUUCUGCAGAUACGCAAAUUGAACUCAGAGCACAACCUAGCACCACCCAAGACUCACCCUUGCCAGCCCAGACCCCUCCCAUACAUGGUAUGAAGAUGUUGACAGAGCACUCCACAGCCAGGACAAUGCAGGACACACUCAUGCAAGAAGCAGACAUGAGCAAUGAUAUUGAUGCUCUUAACCCUUCCCUGAUUGACUUUGAUCUGCAAGGAAAUCUUUGGGAAGAACUGAAAGAUGACAGCCUGGCUGUGGAUCCCUUGGUUCUCAUUUCAACAUCCCCAAUAUCCUCUCAGUGCUUCCCUUCUCACUAUCAGAUGGAUAGUAACAGCGGCAGCAGCAAUAACCUCACCACUCAGAAUAGCACUCCACAUAGCAGCUUACCUGACUUACAACUCACUACUCUUUACUCUGCCUUUAUGGAAUUGGAUACAGUGUCCACAGCCUACUUGAAUAAUUCUGGAUCCAAGCCUAUAGCACUAGUGUGAACCACAAAACAACCCAGUUACAUUAUUUUUGUCCCAAUACAGUCUUAAUAGUCAUACUGUUUUACUUACUUUUAGCACCUUCGGGUAAAAUAAAUCAGAACUGUGUCCAUUUGAAUAAGAACUAUCUGCAGGAAAUUCAAAACUGCUCUCAUACUAUUGGUAGCGUAUAUUUUUAAAUGUUGAAAAAAAUAUGGCUUACUAGCUUAAAGCCAAAGUGAUGUUGACCAAUACAGACAUUAAUAGCUUAA